UUACGAGCAAAAGAGUAAAUUUAAUUUGCAAAACACAAUGCGUACUAUGCAAGGCAUUUCCGCCACAAAGAAUUCAACCGGCCCGGAAUACUAGCGCGUAUUCCGCACAGCUAUCGCCGUCCUGUUUGCUUCCACGUUUGAAACAUUAGCUGAAGACGCAAGUGUCAUUUGAAUUGCAGAUGUUGUUAAUUACACACGGAUCGUCUGGUUUUUGCGCGUGCAAGUGUUUUUGUAAAAGUGCGUAAAUCAAGCCCAACUCAACUGGCGCACACCGUUUCCUGCUGCUGGUGAAAUUAACCUUACACCGUACCUAGUGCGCGAGGAGAAGGUUAACAAAUUUUUCACACGCAUUCGCGGCAUUCCUGUUAAUGCCGUGGUACAAACAAGUGAUACCGAUACCGACAAACACCCGCAGGAUUAGUGCGCACCGAUGGCAAGCAAACGAAAACCAAUCCACACGCCAUCUGCCUCCGGAGCAGGCGGAACAAACGCUUCCCGUCCGCAGAUGAACUUUCGCCAGGGGUUAAACGACACAACGGCGCGAAGCGAAGCAAAGGGCACACGGCCGACCGCCACACCGACCUCGAUACGGGAAGUGCUCACGAUGAUGGUGCUGCACGUGUGCAAAAAGAUCAUUUUCUUCGACACCAGCCUGAAGGUGCCGCUGUAUCUGGGUUCUUUGUUCAUCGUGUCACUGAUCGGUGACUUCACCCCCUACCCAAAGACUUACCUGGCCCGCACAGACAACCUGUUCAACGUGUACUUCGUUAAGCUGGGCUGGGCCUGGACGUUGCUGUUUGCCUUCCCGUAUCUUGCCAUGACAUCGAUCACGAUUUGCUGUGGUGAUAAUCAGCGCCUGCUAAGAAACCAUAUGCCCCGGCUCGGCAUAGCGACCGUGUUUUGGUUCGUCUGGACCAAGCUGUUCAACAUCAUCGAAUCGAGCUACGGGCGGUGCAGUAUGCGCGGAUUCGACGCCAAAACGCCGUGCCUGAAGGCGGGCCACCUGUGGAAUGGUUUCGACAUUUCCGGCCACGCGUUCAUCCUGAUCUACGCUAGCCUGGUGCUGAUGGAGGAGGCACGCCCCAUUAUCGGGUGGGAAAGUAUAAAGGAUUUGCUGCGGAACGAGGAGCACAAUCGCACCAACAACGACACGUCCCAAACGUCCAAUCCGCUCAAAAGCCUCAAGGACGAGGACCUGAAGGCGCUGAAGUAUUUCUACACCCGCUUCACGCCCACCAUACGGUUGUUCUUCGUCGGGAUGACGAUGUUGCAACUGCUGUGGGAUCUGAUGCUGGUCGGAACGAUGCUCUACCACCACCGGAUGGCGGAGAAGGUGCUGAGCGGCAUUAUUGCCGUCGUCACGUGGUUCGUGACGUACCGUGCCUGGUACCCGAUACCGACCGUGCUGCCCGAUCCCGUCGGAAAGGGGCUGUUUAACUAUCAAUCGCUCAGCAAACCGGAAAUUGGGCUGCGGCGAAGGGCCAGCUUGCUGCAGUCCGGUUCAUCGGCGUCUGCCGGUGGUGGCAGUUCGAACAACACCGGCAGCAGUAAGGAAAUUCCCAAGUUUAUGGGCAUGCCACUGUACGCCGCUCGGCAACCGUUCAAUGCUUCGGCGAUGGGUGCCCCCGUUGGUUCCAAUGCAUCCUCGCUGGAAGGUUCGGGGAUCGGUGGUGGUGCAUUGCAGCAGGGAGGAGCAUCGUUCGUAAGUAGUCAUUUGUAUGGUUCACGCGUAGGUAGUGGUAGCGGUGGCAUUGGCAGCAGUAGUGGUGGUGGUAGUAACUAUAGCAACUCGGAGUUUAACCAUCCUUCGUACGCGCGCUAUCGUAGUCGCUUCGAGCGGUUCGAAUCGUAGUGUGUGCGGUCGCCUUUCUCAUACGUAUUCCUUUUGUAAGUGUUUGUAUGAUCUGUUUGUAAUAACACAUUGGUUGAGAUUAAUGUCUUGAUUGAAGGGUGAUUGUAAACUGUAGGCUGUAGUGUACUUACCGGAUUCUGUUUAUCAACUGGAUUGGCUGCUUUCUACUGCAGGAGGUGGUGGGUCAUGUUGGGCAAUCGCAUUUUUCUAUGCUGUGUACAGGCCUGUGUGCAAUACGAUUAAGGCGCAUGAAGGAACAUUAUAAAAUACCUUGUCUACCAAUCCACACACCCGUGUCUGUUGUAUUUUUCCAUUUUUGCAGAUUUAGUUUGUCGGCCCUCCACGAACCCCACCGCGAUCAGCGCCCAAAGCAAACAAAAGAAAACGAAGGAUCGUUUUGAUCGAUUAAAACCAUACGACCUACGACGAAAGAGACUUGUCUCGUGAGACUAUAGCCGUAGAAGAAAGCCAGAACCGGCUGGCUGUAAUGAUAGCUGAGCUUUGCUGUGUCCUACUCCUAAUAGCAUGACAUUUGCUGGCAAAAAAACCCUACUUUUUCGAAAAGAAAGUCUGAUAAUAUGAGACCCGCGUAUAACGUUUCUAGACGGGACGAGAGUGAAGUGAAAAAUCGUCAUUUUCACCACACAGCUAGUUUAGGGGGUUUAUUGAUUUCUUUCCUUUAAUGCGUCUCUUCUUUGGUGGUUAGCUAGUUUGUUCGUUUUAGUUAAGUAGCAGUAGGGGAACAUACUAGCGAGGCAGACCUUACGUUAUUAUUUAUGUGUAUGUUAUGUAUUCGUGUCACUUUCCGUUUCAUUUCGUUAACAUUGUGUUUUGCUGUUGAUAUAUUGUUUUGUAAUUUCUGUUAUCAUUCUUCGAACGACCAAAAUACAGGCAGGAAACUUGUUACAACUGA